UUGGCUCGGCUGGGCUCGGAGGGGAGGCAGCAGCGCCAUGGCCCCGCUGGGGGCGGACAGAGAGGGCUACUGGGGCCCCACCACGUCCACCCUGGACUGGUGCGAGGAGAACUACGCCGUCUCCUUCUACGUGGCCGAGUUCUGGAACACACUGAGUAACCUGAUUAUGAUUCUACCUCCAAUCUGUGGUGCCAUUCAGACAGUCAGAGAUGGACUGGAAAAGCGGUACACAGCUUCCUAUUUGGCUCUUACAGUGGUAGGAUUGGGAUCGUGGUGCUUCCAUAUGACUCUGCAGUAUGAAAUGCAGCUAUUGGAUGAACUACCCAUGAUCUACAGCUGUUGUAUAUUUGUCUACUGCAUGUUUGAAAGUUUCAAGGCCAAGAACACAGUCAAUUAUCACCUGAUUUUUAUAUUAAUGCUAUUCAGCUUAAUAGUAACCACAGUUUACCUAAAAGUUAAAGAGCCUGUAUUCCACCAGGUCAUGUAUGGACUGUUGGUUUUCGCUCUAGUACUGCGAUCUAUUUAUAUUGUUACAUGGGUAUAUCCAUGGCUUAGAGGACUGGGUUAUACAUCCUUAGGCAUAUUUUUAAUGGGAUUUUUCCUUUGGAAUGUAGACAACAUCUUUUGUGAAUCACUAAGGAGCUUUCGAACAAAGGUACCACCUUUUGUGGGUGUUUUUACACAGUUACAUGCUUGGUGGCACAUUCUUACUGGCCUUGGCUCUUAUCUUCACAUCCUUUUCAGUUUAUACACAAGGACACUUUAUCUGCGGUAUAGACCAAAGGUGAAGUUUCUCUUCGGGAUGUGGCCCAUGAUCCUGGUUGAGCCACCCAAGAAGCAUUUAUGAGAAGAGGUCCCGUGAAGAAAGCACAACUGCCCACUGCUGGCCUCAUUGCCUUGGGAAGAAUCCCAAGACUCUUCAAGCUUCCAUAUUAAACAGUGUACCAGCCCUUGUGGUAAAAGGAGGAGUCUUUGACCAACACCACCAGGCCAGAAACAGAGUGAGAAGUGGGCAUCCUGGGGACUUAGUGUGUCUUUAUUUCCCUUAUAGUGUCUAAAAGGACACAAUAUGAUGUUCAUGUGUGUAUUGAAGUGCUGCAGAAAUUGGACUUCUUUAAUGAGCUAGUCACUAGUCAUUGUCCAGUGGUCACUGGACAGUGACCUUUUUCCCCUUUGAUGUGGAUUGAAUCUGAUCAUAUGUAACUUUUCUCUAUGAUUUUAAACGAAUAUGCAGUUGAAUAAUGGAAAUUGUUAACUGGAGUAGAACCGGACUAAGUAUCUAUCCAGAUGCUUAGUAGUAAACGUAAUGCUUAGCUACAUCACCCUUCAUUCAGAUACUUGUUGAAGGAAACUUAGAAGAUUGUUGCCAAGGUGAAAGGGUCCAACGGUAGGACUGCGUUCAGCUCCAUCCCUUGAACCAGGAGGUGGGACGUGUUGUCUCUACUCUCUCUCAUUGGGAGCCACGCAUUCUAGCUCACUUCUGCCACCACAUCUGACAUCUGUUACUUCAUCCCCUACAACCCAUUGUACAGGCACUUUCCACAUAUCAUUGACCCACAGAGGGUCACAGCUUCACAGUAUCACUAAUUACAUCACAACCAGGGCCCACCAUAACACUGGGGACACCCAUUAUCAUGUCAUUUUGGCCAGUGGCCCAAGUCACAAAUCGGUCAUCUGACAUUCCUCUGGCUAGUACUUAACCCCAGCAGUGUUAGUUACCUCCCCAUAACCCUUGGGAAUGUGGUUUCACCUUAUGAGGAGGCUGUGCCAAACAAAGCCCAGUACGUCAGGGUUUGAGCUGGAUAUUCAUGCUGUGAUUUCUUCCUCUUCCUCAAGCUAAUUAAAGGUAUCCACACUGUUGCCUCCAGCUCCUUCUAAUCUUUGUAGAUCCUCUUUACUUUUGCCUCCUGCUUGUGGUCUAAUCAAGCAUGGAGCAAGUGCGCUUCUGCUCCAUCCAGCUUUAUUCCUGUGCUCCCAUUAUUUUCAGCUCCAGAAAAUAUCAAUGAAUGACAUACACUGACUUUUCAAAGUAUUUGGUAAUCGUAAAUUCUCUAAGAGGCAUGAGACUCAUGGUGAAAUUUGCAAGGGGUGAAAUCAUCAGGAGCUUGUUGUGUGGAAAAUACCUCCAUCUGUCUGCUCCUUUUUGCGUCUGAGGGAAAUAGGCCAAGAGCUUGAGAACAGCCUGAGGCAGCAUCAGAAGUGAAUGUCUCACCAACAGGCAGCUCAUUCUUCUGUGGAUUUGAAUAGGCGACCCCCAAAGUCAGCCAAAGGUUUACCUGCCAGGGCACCUUUGCCUAAAGGGGUGUUAGCAAAUGAAUGGUAACAUGCAAGCUGGUACUCCUAGAGAGAAUCUUCUCUGGGUCCUCUUAUGCAAUCUAGUGGGUAAAGACCUUGACCAUUUUUACAGUAUUAAGUAAGUGACCUUAACACAAAUUUAAAAGAAACCUAUUUCUGGUUUUGGGGAAUUUAUUUUAAAUGUUUUACUGGAUGACUUUUUGUUGCUUUUAAAAUUUUUAUUUUCCCAUUUUCACUCAUCCCAGUGGCUCUCAUUUUCUGCCCUUCAGCACAUCAAUGCCGCUUUCUUUCUCUUGGUCCAGUUCGUCAGCAGGUUGAGCCCUGUCUAGAUUUUGUUCAUUUUCCUUCCAGGAGACAAAACCUUAAACUUGAACGUGAGAGGAAGCAUUGGCUCUGGUUCUCUGUGCCUUAGGAGGCUGGGACAUUGAAGAAUUCCACACACCACAAGUCACUUCUCUGCCUCCUGCCUUGGGAACGCUGAAAAUUGCCUCUUCUAUCCCAUCUUUAGCCAAGCAAAUGGUUAAAUGGAUCUGUUCUUGAAAAGAGUUGUGGACUUAAGAGUCAGAAGACCUGAAUCUGCCACUUACUCACCUUAGGCAGAUCACAUCCCCUUUCUGAGCCUCAGUAUUCAUGUCUGUUUAAUGGGAAUACUGAUUAACUUACCUUUGCAGGGUUAUUGUGAAGAAAACAUUUUAUAAACAGUAGAGCACCAUAUAAAUGUGAGCUACUUAUAUUUCUCUGCUCUGCACUCUCUUCUAUACAUAACAAUAUGCAGUACUAUAUGUGUGAUCAAGGGAACAGAAUGAGAGCCUUCCUAAACUUGCCAGUGCCAUGGUCAAUAAGGAUUUGAAUGUGUUAACUCACCUAUCUGUAGCGCUUCACAGCCUAUGAGGUGUCAUCCUCCCAGCCUGAAAUGGGUGGUUAGGACCUUGACCUCUCACCAUCUAUUGAAAUUUUUCUCUUCCUGCAAGGUGCAGCUCAGAUACCCCCUCCUCCAUGAAGGUUUCCCUGAAUCCUUCAGCUUACAGUGAUCUCGUCCUCCAUAGAUUUUCACAGAGCCCUGUAUGUCUCCUUUGUCCUCAUCAUACACUACCUGGUGUCAUGUUCAUAUUGUAUCUAUUAGGCUGUAAGUUCCCUGACAUCAAGAACUAUGUUGUCAUCCUCAUUUGUAUCCCUAGUGCCUAGCACAGUGCUUGACCUGUUGUGCAGGCAUGCACCAAAAUGGUUGCAUCAACAAGUAAGGUAAGCAGUGUAAAAGUUCCCUGUUUUACAGAUAAGGAAACUGAGGACCAUAGCGAUGUACCCAAUGUUGGCCGCUAUCUGAGGUGGCUCGAAUGCCGGCUCUCCCUUAGUUCGGGUUCGACGUAAGGUAGGAAUGAGGCCCUCAGAAGUCAUUGAACAGUUAACACUAGGAGUGCCGCAGUUUAAGAAUGCUGCAAAGGGCCAAGCUGCUUCAGUUGACGCCAGGCACUUUCUUUUUAAUCAAUAAAGCAAAAUAGAGAUAGGAUAAAAAGUUUUAUUUCAAAGUGAAAUUGUAGUAACAUUUUUGCGUCAGUUGAUGUGCCUGGUCCUCCUCGUGUUAACUGAAGGUCUGCUCUGCCCUAACACAGCAAGGAUAUGAGACAAAGAUACGACGGCACUUCAUCGGAUGUGGCCGCCUCAUCUCCACGUGGAAACGCGUCUCUUCAUCAGGGCAGAAUGUGGUGAAGGACGUGAUGACUCUUGGUCUUCAGAAAUCCACCCCAUCCAAGGGGCCCCCACUGCCUGUGACUGAGGCUGUUUAUGUCUUUAGAUGACCAGGCUAUGGAGGGGAAGCUGAGGCAAGCCAGGUCCCAGAUGCAACUUUAUCUCCUUCUAGGGAAAGCUCAUCCCUGUUCAAGAAGAGAGACCUAAGCCUAACUGAUAUUGAGAAGGAAUGAGAGGCAAAGAGAAGGGAAGAAGCUUUGUCAGGGAAAUGCUAGUAAACAGAAGCCCUGUCACUCCCAUGGUGGCUACCUCUAAAUCAGAAACAAUAUUCAAGCCCAGGCCCGAUGACUGGCUUCUUUUCUUAUCAUUAAGGAGUUGUUUAUAGAUAGCAUAAGUGAUGCCAUUUGUUCAUCCCAGAAGUGGAUAUAAUAUGCUUUUCACCCCUGGUCGCACACAGUGGGACUCUAUUGUCCUUAGGGUUAUUUCUAUAUUUUGUGUUUCUCUUUCUCUCUUUCUGUCUCUCUCUCUCUCUCUCUCUCUCUGUCUCUCUCUCCUUCUCCCUCUCUCCCUAAAAGUCAGAGGAUUGUGCACAUUAAGGGACUUCAGGACUAUUGAGAAAAAAGGAAGAAUUCAAGCCCAUGACCAUAGGAAGUUAUCUUGUUAUUUUCCACAUCAGUUUGUGCCUCUGGCUUUGUUCUUUUUAGCAUUCUUAAGUCCCAAGAUGCCACUGAUUUCUUACCGCGUUGUAGAAAUGACCCCAACUUUUCCAGAGAUUCUGACAGGUCUGACCAAGCCAGGAAGGCUUGAGAGCUAGCAGACACUUGUGUGUAUGUGUGUCAUCUGGAAACCAACCUAGCCAAGACCAAGGAAGGGCUCUGACCGCCUUGGGAUAAAUCUGGGGAGGGGGAAAAGCCAUAGUAUGUCAUAAAGACAAUCUAAAAAUGAUAAACCUCCAAUAAAGCCUUCCUCCAGUGUCACUUCCUGAUGUGGAGGUUACCAUGCCUCAUAGGCUAUGCUGGGAGAACAAAAGGUCUGGCAAUUCUACCAAGCUGGAAGGACAUGGAGCACAGGCUUGCCAACCAACCCUGUAUCUGUUUAGCACCAGAAGACUGGCUACAAGGUGGAGAACUUUUCAGCUAUUGCACCUCAUUUCCUGAAUACCAUCAACUCGGCCUUAAUAGCAACUAAGGCAUAGAAGGGUUUUUCAACUUUGACAGAAGGAACACUCUCCACUUUGACGAAGAACCAAAUAUGCAGAGGAAUGGUGGUUUUUACCAGCAUGGUGGACUUUCAUUGGGGCAAUUCCUUCUACUAAUGCAGAUGCUGGCCUGUCCAUGGUUUAGUAGGAUCAUAGGAUAAGUCCUAAGAAAUUGCCUGGGACACCUAGAGAUUAAAUGACUUACCCAAGGUCAUCCAAGUAAGUGGUAAGUGUCAGAGAUGGAAUUUGAACCUGUCUUUCUGCCAGACUCCAAGCCCAGCACCCUAGCCACUACAUCAUACUACCUCUACUAUAUGUGCUUCCAUAUUUCAGCAACAUUAAGUUCUCUUUUUUAAGGUGUGAGUGGAGCUUUCAGGGAGAUGGGAUAGCUGUUAUUUUUAAACUUUCUGUGUUCCCUUUGGGAAUUGUUUGUAUACCUCAUAGAGCCCUAAUACUUAAAAACCCAUUUCCUAUUGAGUAAAAUAUCUUUGUGUUCACGUGCUAACAGGCCCCCUGUGAAUGAUUCGCCUCAAUGGGCAGGGAGUCCAGCUGCGCAUUUCAGCACCGAAACUGAUAAACCAUCAUAGGGAUGUUCAGAGAGCUAUUUUCUAGGCUUCACAUCAUUUCUGUGCCAUAAUUGACCACUGUGGAUUUGGGUUUCCAAAGUGUAUAGGGUCUUUCCUAAUGGGGAAUGGGGUCUGUGCAGAACAAAAUAAUCUGCUUUUACCAAACACCACCUCCACCUGCAGAAAUGUUUUGUUAUCACUUGAAUGCUCUGAUAUUGUUUGGCCAUGAAGCCAAAUGUCCACCCAGGAGCUACUAGAAGUUUAACAUUGACUACUACAGAGAGAGAGAACAAGGUCUCUUCUUCCUGCUUCAGCACCACUACUCCUUGCCUCACUCCAUACACCACAUUGUGUGUGUGACUCAGCAUACCCAUUUUAGAUCUUUUAGAUCAACAAUGAGGAUUUAUCCAGUGGGGAUAAUCCAAUCCCCAGUCACAUCCAGGAUUAAUCCAUGCCACAUAGCAAUUUAAAUGAUGGCCAACAUAUUCACUAGGGUUGGGAUUUUUUUUUCAGAUGUUCCUAUCUGACUUGGAACAAUAUUAGCUGCCAUUUUUAUAACACUUUAAGGGCUACAGAGCAUUUACCUCAUCACAAUCCCAUUUGGUAGAGUAGUGCCUAUUCCUUGGGGUCGAUGUUACCUCAUCAGGGUGAGUGCUUCCUCUAGCAGCAAAGAUUAGAAGAUUAACAACCCAUUCAUACCUUCUCAUCCUGUGCAACUCUUGUCCUUAGCCUGCCAUGAAUCCGCUCAUCAUAUUGAGGCCUCUAGAUCUCUUGACAUCAAUCCCAAUGGAGCAUGUAGACUUUCUAUUGAUUAUUUUUCUUGCUACAUGACUGACCCAACUCCUUUUUCCCAUCCUAUGUGUCUCUGAUGACAUUCUUGAUGCUGUCUUUUUUCUGGUGACACAUGACAGCCUACUGCCAUCCACUAUAUUCCUCUACAUCAUCCUCUGUGCUUUGAAUAUGUAUCCCUGUUUUACAGUUUUGAGGGUGCCUAAGUUCAGAGGUGAUGUGAUUUGCCCAUGCCACAUAGCAAGCAAGCUUCAUAUCUGGGCCUUGAACUGAGGUGCUACCUGCAAAACUAUACAUCCUUGCCUCCCAGAAUGGAAAGAUUGUAGUUCCUGAUGAAAUAAAUGGUUAACAGCUCAUAUAUACAAAGUUCUUUCUAGUUUACAAAAGCACUUUCCUCACAACAACUCUAGACAGUGCAAGUAUCUAGAUAGAAUGAGCCUUGGUGAGGUCAAGAGAGCCUUGGCCAAGGUCAUAAACUAAUAAUUGGCAGAGGCGAGCUCAAACCAGGUCCUCUGACACUGAAUCCAGGGCCUGUUCAAUUAUAUUAUGCUGCCAGUCUGAACCUACAGUAUUAAUCAUCUCCAUAACCACAGGUUCUUGCAUGACAGAAGAUGCUCUCAUUCAGUUCCAACUAGCAAUGGCCUCCUCCUUGAUGAAUGUCUGUGGAAAACUACCAUCUCAAGCACUAGUCAGCAAAGCAGGAAAAUAGCUCUUUUUUGCAUCUACCUCUGCUUUAUGCAUUGCACAAUAUCAAUGCCUUAAUGUAAUCCAUUUGCCCCCUGCUCUGGGGUUUUCUAUUUUCUAAAAUGCAAAUCAUUCAUUCUUAACAUUCCCUUUCCCCCAGUCAUUGUUCCUGUAGGAUUCAGCACUUAGACACAGUUGCUGUUUGGGUUGGCGUAUUAACCAAACAUAACAUUGAUGCCCGAAAUACGUGUCUGGGCCCCUGGUCAGACCAAUGACAGAGCAAGGAGGGAACACGGACAGGAGGCUGGCUUUGCGGGAAGACUCAGUGGAGAAGAGUUACUUGAGACCAAAUAGGUAUCUCAUCAACAUUUGCUUAUUUGCUCUGUAAUAUUCUAGGUGUCUGCCACAGACUCGUUUUCCUGCCUGUUUCUUGGGAUGUAGUUAUCUCCAUGAAUGCUAACUUGACUCAACAGACUUUAUAAUCUCUUGAAUCUUAACUUAGACUUUGAGUUCUGUCCCUGAGUAAGUUCUUUCCCUCGGGCCCUGUGUAUAUAAAUGCAGGAAGAAAAAGAGCAGCUGGGGCAAGGAAUAGUUAUCUGGGAGCAGAAUUGUCACCUAAAGAGCUUCUGUAUUUUUAAUUACACAUUCUCCAUUUGGGGAAUAAAGGCCCUAUAGUAAUUGAUUAAAUAUGAAUGACUUUAAGGUAACUUAAAACAAUGAUGAUAUUCCAUAAGGUGGCCUUUAUCACCAUCACAAACACCACCACAAACUCAUAUUUCUAUAAUCCUUUAAGAUUUACAAAGCCAUCCUUCAAGAUAGUUCAGAUAGUAUUAUCCCCACUUUACAGAUGAGAGAACUGAGACUCAAAGAAAAUAUUUUUUGCUGAUUCAUAGUAAAUGUCAACACUGGGAUUCAAGCCUAAGUGUUCUGAAUCUUAAGACCCAGUACUCUUUAAAAAUAUUUUUUUUUUGCCUUGCUGUCUUUCAUUUCUGAAUAAAUCCCUUCCCUGCACCCUUAACUCAAGUAGCCAUCCCUUAUAACAAAAUAGAAAAGAAGGGAAAAGGACAGUUCAGCAAAACUAACAAAAUCAAUCAGAGGAUAUUCAAUACAAGACCAGUACUCUUAACUUACUACAUAUGAUGUUACCAGAUUGUAGUGGCAGCUGGUAUAGAAAGUAUUAAGUAAGAGGAAUGCCACAGAGUAUGGAACUUGAUUCCAGAAAUCUGAUUAUGGGCCAGAAAUAGACCUAUGGACCGCUGCACUUUUCACUUCAGCUGUCUCGUGAUUUUGUGUCAUCUGCUUCCGGUCAUGAGAGCUCAAUAGCUGUUGGGACUCAGAAAGAGCUUUUAGAAAUUGUUUAGUCUGACACCAUUAUUUUACAAAUAAGGACACAAGGGAAAGGACUUACCCAAGGUCACUCUGUAAGGUACUGGCACAGCCAGGUCCUGGCCUUCUUUGCUGAAAAUCUUUAAACUGUCAUGAGGUGUUCCUUCUCCAUUACUCAGGAGAGCUAGAUGAGUUCCUCAGCUGGUGUUCCAUGCAUUCACAAAUUGUCAGUAAAAAGGCUUCCAGAUUCAGAGCCAUUAAUGGCAACUGAAAGAGUGAUAGGGUGCACAUUUUUAAUUCAAGAGAGAAAUAGAAUCAAGUACUCUUGGAGAUUAUAAAAUGUAUCAAUAUUGCCCCCAGCAGGGUCACAUUUUUACAAUCUCCAUCCCAGGCUAUUAUGGAAAGAACAUCGGGUUUAAAGUCAGGAGAUGUGGGCUCAAGUCCACUUGCCAGCUGUAGACAUGUAACCUCAUCUCUAAAAUGGGAAGUUGGGACUAGAGGAUUUCUAAAAUUCCUCUCAACCCUCUGGCAUGCUGUGUUCUAACAUUCCACUGUCCCUUCCAGCUAUUAGAAAGAAUGUUGGAUUCGAGCAUUCCAUAUUCUGUAUACUUAAUAACCCAGAGCCUAUGUCCUGAGAUUACAUGUGGGCAGUUCUGUCAUCCAUUAGUCCUAGGCUAAUUACCUUUGUGUUACAGGUGGUUUUUUACUGCAUUUAUUUAUAAAGAACACUUGCCUGAAAUAGAUUGUUUUUACAGGGGAGCAACAACCGAUCGCAAAAUUGCUUGUGUUACCCUUUUCUUAUUUUGCCAAGUGCUACAAUUUUUUACUACAAAUUUAGAUUGGUGUGUUUUUUUAAUCUAAUCUACUUAUGCUACAUUCCUACAUUAAUCAUCUUGUUAUGGUUGAAUGUAUUAAAGAGUAUUGUUUUGAAUAAGA